AUAAUGAAAACAAGUUCUUAUCACAGCGGAGUUUUCCAAAGAUGGCUAUGAUAACGCCAAGAUUCGAGGUAAAUGACAACGGUGACAUUAGCGAAUUAGUGUUGUCUGCGAAAGGUGUUGAGAAGGAAUUAAGACUUCCACUGGACGUAAAAACUUCUCUUGAAUCCAACGAUAAAUUGGAAGUUAAAAUAUGGAAUGAUGUAGUUCCUGUCUAUGAUUGUGGGAAGGAAGCAUCGACGUGGAUAAGUUCAUUCCUGGGUACUUCUGCAACGUUAGUCGUUAAACCGGAUGAACAUGUAAGAUCUAUUACAAAGAAUCUUCCAUCCCCUAACGAACUUGCAUACCGACCGCAGGUUGCGUUUGCAGAUUCCUUCCCCUUCCUUCUCAUUUCAGAGGAGUCGUUGACAGAUCUUAAUAGUCGGCUAGAUUCACCGGUGAAUAUGCGUAACUUUAGGCCAAAUAUAGUAGUGAAAGGAUGUAAUGCUCCCUACGAAGAGGAUACAUGGAAGGAAAUAGUAAUUGGAGAGGAUAGAGAAAAUAUUUUCUACGUUACGUGUAGAUCCACUAGAUGCACUGUGCCCAAUGUGAAUCCAGAUACUGGUGAAAGAAAGAGUAACCAGCCAUUGAAGACGCUAAUGUCUUAUCGUAGGGUGGACAAAGGCGCGAUUUACAAAGCUUGCUUUGGAAUGAACGUUCUCCACUCGAAACCUGGCACUUUGAUAAGUAUUGGUGAUCAGAUUGAGAUAAUUUCGACUGGAGAACAUAUGCGUGAACCAGGCUAG